CGGAGGGGAGGGGAGGGGAGGGAGCUGUCUCCCAAUCCCCUCCAUCCCCUUGCCUACCUUCCUCCAGGGCACACAGAUCAGUAGACCAUUAAGCUUUUAAUUGAGGUGCAUGUGUAUCAUUCUCUGGAGUGAGUUGUAGCAGUUGGAAUUCGCAAGGAACGAAGCGAGAGAGAGAGGGAGAGAGAGAGAAAAGAGGCAAUUUAUCAUCGUAGUGCAUGCUGGCAUUCUGUACAGCCUUUCGUGUUUUUUUGUUUUUUAAAUUUUGAACCUGAGCACAGAUUGGGAUACAGCAUCAAGAAAAAGGCAGUGCACAGAGAAAGUAAGAAGUCAAGCUGAACUCAACUGAACCGAACAGAAUGAUUUUAGGUUCCCCAGUUCAGAGCAGCCCCCUGCUGGCCACUCUUCCAGUCCCGGGACGGUCUGUGCAGCCCCAGCUGGACCUGAAACACUUCCUUCCCUUCCGGCUCAAUGGCUCGGCGCCUCUCAGCCUCUUCCCCAAUUUCAGCACUAUGGAUCCUGUGCAGAAGGCAGUGAUCAAUCACACAUUCGGCGUCCCGCAGCCUCUGAAGAAGAAGCAGAUAAUCUCCUGCAACAUCUGCCGUCUGAGAUUCAACUCCACGAACCAAGCGGAGGCUCACUACAAAGGCCACAAGCACACGAGGAAACUCAAAGGCAUAGAAGCACAGAAGCACAAGAAGCAGAGGAGUCCUGGGGCCGUGGUGUCAGCAGCGAGGAAGAGAGACAGGGGGAGGGACAGGGGGAGGGGGAGCGAGCCCCUCCCCGCCCUCACUGAGACCCUGCCAGCGCUCAUGGAUACCAGGAUGCAGGAGAGCGAGAGUCUACAAGCCUGCCAGGAGGAGAAGGUAGAGGAGAGCCAGGGCAGCUCGCAGAUGCUGACGCCCGACUCUGAGGUCUCCUCCCUGGAGCUGCCUCGCAGCGUGUCCCCUCUAGUGUCCCCAGCCUCCGAGCUGUCGGAGAGCAUUUCCGAGGGGAGCGUCACUUCCCCCAUCGAUCCUGGCUUCGAGGUGGGGGGCGCAGAGACCAAACCCGACGAGGACUCCCCCGCUGAGGCGGGGGAUAAAGACCCCAAGAAGAGCAGACAGCACCUCCACUGCCCUGUCUGCAAAGUGACUGUCAAUUCCACAUUGCAGCUUGAGGCACACAACAGCGGGGCCAAACAUAAAUCUAUGCUGGAGGGGCAGGGCAGCCAGCUGCGGGGGAGGAUUAAAGUGCUGUUGCCUCGAUCAGCCUGCAAAACCAAGAGGAUAGGCAACAAGGGCAGCGUGGGCAUCCAGAACAAAGCCUUCCACUGCGAGGUGUGCGAGAUCUACCUCAACUCAGACACUCAGCUCAAGCAGCACAUGAAUAGCAGGAGGCACAAGGACAGGCUGGCUGGCAACCCCCCCAAGCCCAAAUACAGCCCUUACAGCAAGAGCCAGCCGAACUCAGUCUUAGCGAAUGUGAGAUGGGGCAGCUACGCCGGUGGGGCGGUGUCUGCGAUGAAGAAGGUCUUCGGUCACUGCAAUCUGACCUCACUGUCUUCUCAGGGAAAGUCAACCCCGAAUUUUCUAGACAUCUCUGCUGUGGACCCGCUUGCAUCUGUGGAUCGGGUCUGGUACCAGCUGCUCAAGCUGUCCAGUCUGGGGUGCACCAGCGGUCCACUGGACCCUCUCCACACUAAACUGGCCCUGCAGAAGCAGCUCUGCAAGACGCUGGCAACCAGCUUCCUGCCCAACCCGCUGAGCCCUGCAGCCCUGUGCACCAUGGCAGCCAACCCCCUGGCAUUGCGACACCCAGCCGGCACUGCCACCCUCAUCCAGAACCCCCUCCUCGGACCAGCCUUAUUCCGACCCGCUCCCGGGCCCCUGCGAGCCGCCCACACGCCUAUCAUGUUCGCCCCCUAUUAGACCCCGCCCUCCCUGGGGCAGGGGCACUGUGAUCACGGACAUACCUCACUGUACCAGGGAGACAACAGGAACUAUGCAGCGCUAGCUAAGAACAAGGAACAAGAAAUUGGAUAUGUUUGGAUAAUGAUUGCACAGGCUCUAAGACUCCUAUUGCACACAGCAAUUUCGGGUUGAUUUGUAACUGUCUGGCAUUGCAACCUCAUAUGGGGAUAGAUAAAAAAAAUUUAAAAAAAACUCUCUUCUAGUCUUUAUCCGGAGACAUGGAAGACGCAAAUGCACGAUGAGCUUGUAUGAGGAUGCCAUUCACCCCCGUAUAUUCAGAUUAGAAAAUGGUUGAGAUGUAUGUUUAAAUCAAGAUCUUAAGCUUUAUUAGAUAAAGCAGAGAGCAGUAAGUCCAUAGUAAAACCUGGAGGAGCUCAGACCGCUAUGCAAUGGGAGUCUUAGUUCCUCACCUGGAAAUGCACACAAACAUGGGCUGUUCUGCAAUAAGGAGAAACCAGUUUUAGUGUUAGUGUUCUCCCCAAAUAUUUGUUCCCCCCUAGGAAUGAAUAUUCAUUUCCCCCUAGGAACCAAUAUUCAGCAAUAUUGGUUCUCCUUCCAAAUAUGUGUAACCCCUUAUUUUUUUAUAACAAAGUCAUCUUUCUUUGCAUACAAGUCUAUACCCAUGCACUUUCAACAAAAACCUUAAUUUGAAGUCAACGUUCCCUAACCCUAACCCUAACCCUGUACCAUCCAGCCCCUCUGACAGGUCCAGUCUCACCUACAAUAAUACAUGAGAACAGCCUGCAAACACAUUGUUCACAUCACUAGGAUGAGCUUGUAACUUUGUCCUUUUUUGCACUUUUUUUUUUUUUUUAAUGAAAAACAAACAACAACUGUGUGGAUUGUUACAAUGUUGUUCUGGAAACGGCAAACCUGUCAAAACAAAAGAAAAACAGCCUUCAUUAAUUUUGGGGCCUAGUAGGCCCACAAAACAAAAAGCCUGCUUCCUGCAGUGGGUCUGAAGCCUUUUUAGGACUGUGGAUGUUUUGGGUUUUUUUUGUCUGAGGUGGCGACCCUGGAUACAUGAGAAGCACAGUGACACAGGCUAAAAUAUCAAUGUUUAGAUCACCCAUGAUUUUAAGUAAAAGGACUUGGUAACCUUUAUAACCUAAGAGGUAGAUAAUGCUGUCCUAUCUAUAUUUCAAUGCUGCCUGCUAUUAACAAACAAUUUCAGUGCUUAGAUCAGCAUAGAAGAGCUCCUCUGGGAUGAUUUUUAAAAAAAGACGGACAUUUAAUUUUGAAGUCACUUAAAGCAUCAAAGUCAAUAAGCUUUUAAGAAUUCCAGCCAAACACACACUUGCCAACAUUUGGAAACUGUUCAGCGGGACGCUUGUCUCCGGGGGGGGGGGGGUCAUACACAUCAUACACAUGGGAGGAGUCAUACGCAAAAACACUCAUUAUCAUUUAAUAGACGUAUCCCCCCCCCCCAACUCAACACGACACGACCAUCAUGACAGUAAAAAUAGACAUGAUGAAGCGUUCUUACCUUUGUAUAAGUUAGUGAUCAGCAGAUGUGUCAGCCGCACGAAGAGCACAGCGUGUGGUUUUCACUAACUCUACUGUGCAGAUUAAUUUGUUUUUUUUUCUAUGGGUAAAUAUCAGGACUUUCUUCCUAUGCAUCGGGACGCGGGACAUUUGCUAGGAAGUUGGGACAGUCCCGACCAUAUAUUAUUAUUAUUAUUAUUAUUUAUUUCUUAGCAGACGCCCUUAUCCAGGGCGACUUACAAUCGUAAGCAAAUACAUUUCAAGUAUCACAGUACAAGUAAUAAUACAAUUAAGAGAUAAAUACAAUGACUUUGGUUCAAGCAAGUACAAGUGUGACAAAAUACAAUUCAAUAAUACAGCAAUCUCUGCAUAUAGGGACUGUUCGCAUGUAUGCAAACACCAAUGCCUGCAAAUUAUGAAGUGAGGUAAAAUGAAUUUGGAAAAAAAAAAUGCUUAGGUCAUGAUAUCUCAGUACGGGACUCGUUUCUCUGUAGAAGUUUCCAUUUGAGUCGGUCUGUGUUGUUUCUGUAGCAACUUUGCAUGCAUAGCUGCCAAAACAGUCUGUGUUUAUUGCCAUGCAAGCUGUUGUUAUAUUUGUAACAUUAAUUUAAUUAUACUACAUUAACGUGUAUAAUUAUAGAUAAGAUAUUUUAGUUCAUAUUUCAAAAGCUAGUCAUACCAGACUCGACUCUUUGUAUCUAAAUAACUAGAACAAUAAUCGGUUUUAGUUUUAAGAUUACAUAAUUAAGUGUUUGCUUUGCCUUGUGCCAAAAAAAAAAAGUGUUGCUUAUGAAGUAGCAAUAGAUGCAAUUUAUUUAACUAAACUAGCAAAAAUGACACCAGUAACAAAACUUUGGUUAAAAUUGACGUCAUCCAACUCAUCUUCUUGAAUAAUUUCCACUUUUUUUUGUGGUCUGUGGAAAACUUUCUGUAUUUGAGAAAGGUUUUGGACUUCACAUGCCUCAGUUUGAAAGCUUAGGCAGUACAAGUUAAUCACAGAUAGCACAGCACAAUACUUAAAAAGCUGUAUUUGUGAUUUUUGUAUUGCACACAGUGCCACCAGGUGGCCAAAUACUGUUACUACAGAGAGGAAAGAAAACAGAAAGUUCUGUACAGCUUAAGGUGAGGGGAGGAGGGGGGGGGGAGUUGCAGCAAACUCAGGUCUACAGCAAACAAGUUUGAGUUAAAAAUAGAAAAUUAUCAAAUGCAUCCCAACCUUUCAUUACUUUUUUUUUUUUUGUACUAAACACUGUGAGUACCACCCUGGUUCAUAGAUCAUAGCUCAUUGUUUGCGCAUCCAGUUGUAAAUACAUAUUUGCAGUUAUUACGUGACACUUGUGUAUUAUCUAAAAAUAAAUAAAGAUUUUUUUUUUUAGGGACAUGGCCAGUAUUUCAUUGUAUUCCAGCUGUAAUGGUGACUGUACAUUUAUCCCCCUGUCCGAUGUACUAUAAUAACUGUUAGCAAAAGAGAAGAAAAUAUUUUGAUAAGAGAUUGCUCGUUGCUGUAUUGUAUUACUGCUGUGAAACGAGGAGGGAGAGAAGGAGGAGGACAAAAUAAAUCAGUUACAGCUUCCACGUCA